CAGAAUAUAACAGCUGGGAAUGGUAUCGCUAUUUCACUAUUGUGAAUAACUAAUAUUUAUCAGAACUUAUAAAUAAUAAAAUCAAACUAUAAACAAACGAUUUAACAAUGAGUAAUAUUUAUAUUCAGGAACCACCGACUUCAGGAAAGGUUCUCCUCAAGACUACCGCUGGCGACAUAGAUAUAGAAUUAUGGUCUCGAGAAUGUCCCAAAGCAUGUCGCAACUUUAUACAACUUUGUAUGGAAGGAUACUACACUGGCACAAUUUUUCAUCGCGUAGUCAAAGGUUUCAUUGUACAAGGUGGUGAUCCCAAUGGCGAUGGAACUGGUGGAGAAUCCAUUUACGGUCACACAUUUAAGGAUGAAUUUCAUUCUCGUCUACGUUAUGCGCGGCGUGGACUUGUUGGAAUGGCAAAUGCCGAUAAAGAUGAUAAUGGCUCACAGUUUUUCUUCACUUUGGCCGCCACACCGGAGCUUCAAAACAAAAACACACUUUUCGGCAAGGUGACAGGUGAUACUUUGUACAAUAUGCUAAAACUGGAGGAGGGUUUAGUGGAUCAUAAUGAACGUCCCAUGUAUCCUCAAAGAAUAUUAGGCGCUGAAAUAUUAAGCAAUCCUUUUGACGAUAUAGUGCCACGAAAAGUAGCAAAAGAAAUUAAAAAAGAAAAGACUAAAAAACGUGAAAAGGGAGUCAAAAAUUUUGGGUUGCUUUCAUUUGGUGAAGAAGCAGAGGAAGAUGAAGAAGAAACUAAUCAAUUUGUACAAAAAAAUGCCGGAAAGGCAAAAUCAAUGCACGAUGUGGUAGAUGACCCCAAACUUAGCAAGGAUGCUUUACGUAUCGAAGAUACCAACGUGAGGUCAGAUGAUGAAGACAUGCUGGAAGAGGAACGAAGACUAGCAUGUGUCAAAAAAGAACCAGUGGAUGAUGAUGAUAUAGAGGAGCGUCGGCAGCGAAUCAAAGAUAAAUUGCAGCUAAAGACAAAUGAGGCUAAAAAAGUAAUUAAAACGGAGGCAGCUGAAAUAAAAGAGGAAAUGUCUGACUCUGAUGAAGACGUUUUGUUGACACAAGAGCAGGAGCAAAAAAUAAAAAGCGAAUUGAAGAGAAAUGAAAUUCGACAAGAAAUUCAAAACCUGAAGAAACAAUAUCAAACUGAAAAACGUCAAAGAGAAAAUUUGGGUGAUAAAAAAACGGAGAAGAGUAAAACUGACCAACUAAGUGUUAACUCCGCUGAAGAUAAUGAAUUCAUAAAAAAUUUUGUCGAUGAAAAAGUGAAAUACAGUGGCUUGAAAUCAAAAAUACCAAAAAAGGGUGCCAGCCGAGAGGAUUUUACUUUAAGCUUACUAUCGAAAUUCCGAAAUAAAUUGGAUGCACUUAAACAGAAGCAAUCUGAAUCGAGUGAAACUAAUGAGUCUUUAGAUGAUGGAACCAUAGAGAAAGAAAUUCAGGGCGACGAUUGGUUGGCGCACACAUUAAAGUUCGAGGAAGCGACACCCAUAUUGGCGAAGGAUGCGUCCACUAAGGGUGAUGAUUGGUACGAUGCAUAUGAUCCUAGAAAUCCGCUUAACAAACGUAAAAGAGGAGAAGGUUCUAAAAGUGGGGGAAGUAGUAGUAAAAGUUCGAAACGGCAUUAGUGAAAAUUUGAAAUAUACAUAUUUAUUUUGGUAUCAAAAAAUUGAAUUGGGAAGCAAAGAAUUUACAAUAUUAUGGAGUUUUGUUAAUCUUCUCAAAAUAUUUCGUUUUCUCUUUGGGAUUUGGAACAAUCUGAAAAUAAAAUAUGUUAGUUUAUAACUAUGGAUAUGUGUAAUUUUAUUUUAUUACUGUUUCUGCACCAGGCUUCCAACCAGCCGGACAAACUUCUCCAUGUGUAUCGGUAUAUUGGAAUGCUUGUACCAGACGAAGUGUCUCAUCUACUGAACGUCCCACUGGCAAGUCAUUCAUAGUAAUUUGCCGCAAGAUUCCACGAUGAUCAAUGAUAAAUAGACCACGUAGUGUGUGACCUAAAUCUUCUAAAUAAACUCCAUAAUCCCUGCUAAUCUUAUGCGUUAAAUCCGAAAGCAGUGGAAUUUUUACAUAUCCAAGACCACCUUCUUUUCGGGGUGUGUUUAUCCAAGCCAAAUGUGUAAAAUGUGAAUCUACACUAAUCGCCACGACUUCAGCAUUUAUCUUCCGGAAUUCUUCGAUGCGAUCAGAAAACGCUAUAAUUUCAGUGGGACACACAAAGGUGCUGAAAAUAAAAAUGUAUUCGUUUAUGCAAUUUGAUGGAUAGUGAAUAUAAAUUUUCACUCACAAGUCAAGUGGAUAAAACAGAAGUACUAAAUAUUUUCCAUGAUAUUGGGAAAGUGAUAAUUUGACAAAUUCUCCUUUCACAACAGCCGUUCCUUCAAAAGUGGGAGCUGCCUUAGAUACUACAAAGAGAGUAAACACACUAUAAAUAUAUCAAAAACAAAUAUAUUCAUAAUACGUACUGACAGCUUUAGUGGUUUGCAACUUGUGGUCACCACGAGGUCCUUCGGAAGGAUAAACAGAGCCUCCAGCAAACGAAUGGCAUUGUCCACUUUCGGCAUAUUUAUUACCCGCUGUUAAUACUGCACACAGUAUAAGAAUACAAAGUUUCGACAACAUUGUGUGUGGUAGCAUCCGAAAUCUGUAAAUA